AUGAUGCCGAUGCCACGAUGUUCAAAUAGCAGGCUCUGUAUCAGGAAAAGUCGCAGGUCGGGUGAGGCAACGGGAUUGCUUAUUAUUGCAGGAUCCUUGUGUGUGAUGGCACUGGUCUUUAAUAUCUGCGCACUCGCCUCGGGAUGGCUGGAGAGUGUUUCGGAUGCUGGUUCAACUUUGGAAUUAUCUACACCCGAAUGGGCGAUUGCACUCAAGUCCAUUUCUCUGGCAUUUGCGGGAGUAUCUUAUCUCUUCUACCUCUUAUUGAUCGCCAUUCAAUCCAAAACCCCCUGGGGAUAUCUCGUAACGGUAGCCGGGUUGCUUAUUGCGGCCGCCGCGUUGUUCAGUCUCAUUGGCAUUGAGAUCCGUCGUCAUCAGCGAGUCAAUGCCCCCGAGGUGUGGAUUUACACACAGAACUUCUUUGCCGCCGUGUUCGCUGCAUGCAUCUACGUUUUGGCAUCGGUUCUGCUUAUUCCUCAUGUGCUCAGUCUCUCCUAUCGUUCGCAGAGGGGGAAAGUCGUUCAAUGUACCAGCAUCAUGUUUCGACUCAAUUUCUUGGCUGUCUUCUUGCUGGGUGGUGCCGCCAUCUACAGCAGAAUUGAAGGCUGGACUUUGAUGGACUCUCUAUAUUUUACUGACUAUACAGUUCUCACAAUCGGUAUUGGGAAUAUAGUUCCCCAGACUCAUCUUGGACGCAGCUUAUUGUUCCCAUACGCUACGCUCGGGAUCAUCAGCUUGGGUCUUGUGGUCACCGCAGUGAUGUCCGUGACCGAUCAGAUGAGAGAACUGAGACUCUCGUACGUGAUUGAAAGGGUUCGUGGAGGCGCAGACUCCAAAGACGAUAACGACAAACUCCCAUCAUGCCAAAUUUCCCCUUGUCGACCGUCUUUCGUGCGCCACGCCACUCAAAGAUACCAAGAGUUUUUGAAAGAACAAGCGGUCCGGUCCCAAUUCUAUCGGAGAACGAGGUGGACUCAUCUCAUCGUAUUUGUGGCCGCCUGGUUUAUUUUGUGGCUCGUCAGCGCGGUUGUGUUUCGCCACUCGGAGAAGGAAUCAAAUUGGACCUACUUUGUUGCUUUGUAUUUCACAUACACCUCGCUCACGACCAUCGGAUACGGUGAUUAUUUCCCGACGAGCAAUUUCGGCAAGGUCUUUUUCAUCUUUUGGUCGCUACUGGCCAUACCAAUUCUGACCAAUUUGGUCACUUUGAUGGGCGCUGCGUUCCACGCAUGGCUACGAGAUUGUUCAAGCUGGGCCCGGAAGCGCAUUCUGAGCUUCAAAGGCUCGAAUGAGCACGACCACGAGCUUGAACAUUACUCAAGACUAAUAGACCAACAAACUCAAGGCCCCGUGAGUCAAGCAAGCUGCGAGACGGGCGUGGAGAAGCGUCCAGCCAAUUUGUCAUCUUCUCAUCGAAAUCUCCGGUCGGUACAGGCAGACAUCGGGCUAGCUCAGUCUACACCUGAUGAGCCGUCUCGCAGUGCCCCGGGGGGAACUUCUGCAUAUCGACAACUUAUUCUACUGCAGGAAAUCCAGGACCUCAUCGGUGCCACACGAGAAGAUGUGCAUGAGGGCCAGGAGAGCCUUUGCUGUAGAUGGUCAAAGAUCCUCCCCCUGCUUCAGGCCGCGGGUACUACCGAUGAUCUGGGAGAUCUAGUUUCCCUGUUCGCAACUGUUAAAGCUGCAAAGAUUUCGAGACGUGUACUCGGAGAUCACAAGCAAGAACGAGAAGAUCGAAAUAUUGAGAUCCUGUGGAUGAUAAGUCUCCUCGUGGAGAGGCUCUCGGCAGAUCUGCGACAGGAGCUUGCUCAAGGGAUCGAAUGA